AUGGACGUCAUUCAGAAGACCGUUGUGGACCCUCUCCAGCCCUUUUUGAAGCCCAUCGUCGAGGCGAUCCCCAAACCCGUCCACGAUGCGGUCAUCUCUCUGAUCACAGCGCCCUGCCACAGCGCCUUGCUCCUCGAUCUCAGCCUUACCGAGGAUCCGGCCUGCACAUCCCUAGCUAUCUCAAAGGCGCUCGGUAUUGCCAUCGUUGGCGCCAGCGCUAUAGUCAAGGUCCCGCAGAUCCUGAAGCUGAUCAACUCGCGCUCGUCCGCUGGCGUUUCCUUCGUCUCUUAUGCCCUUGAAACCGCCAGUUUGCUCAUCACGCUGUCGUACAGCGUGCGUAACCAGUUCCCUUUCAGCACAUACGGAGAGACUGCUCUCAUCGCCGUCCAAGAUGUUGCUGUCAGCAUCCUCGUCCUGACCUUUGCCGGUCGGUCCGCCGCGGCCGCCACCUUUGUCGCUCUCGUGGCGGCUGCUGUUUACGCCCUGCUCUUCGACCAGACCCUCAUUAACGGGCAGACCAUGUCGUAUCUGCAGGCCGGUGCUGGCGCUCUCGGUGUUGCUAGCAAGUUGCCCCAGAUCUAUGCCAUCUGGAGCGAGGGAGGCACCGGGCAGUUGAGCGCAUUCACAGUCUUCAACUACCUCUUCGGAUCUCUCUCCCGCAUCUUCACCACCUUGCAAGAGGUCGAGGACAAGCUCAUUCUCUAUGGUUUUAUCGCCGGCUUUACUCUCAACGUGAUCCUCGCCGGGCAGAUGGUGUACUACUGGAACAGCCCGGCGCCCAACAAGAAGGCGCCGCGAGCAAAGAUCGCGGAGAAGGCGGCCUCUGGCGAAAGCUCAGGGGUGUCACCCAAGCCGGGCUCGAAGACUCCUACCACGCGACGACGGGGUUAG